CUUCAUUCUCCUCUAUAAGUACACUUCUCACUCACACGGAGAAGAAGAAUAAACAAAACCAUCAAACCAACUGAUUGUGUAAUGGCGAACAACGGAUCCGGUUCAUCCUUAGGCCCGGGCGGGCUAGAUCUAACCAAUACCUUUUUCAAACCGAUCCUUAACUCCGACCCUCCUAUCCCCUCCAACCGCUGUACCAAGGUCUCCGUCAUCGGCGUCGGGAACGUCGGCAUGGCCAUCGCUCAGACCAUCCUCACUCAAGACAUCGCCGACGAGAUCGCCCUCGUUGACUCCAAGCCCGAAAAGCUCCGAGGCGAGAUGCUCGAUCUCCAGCACGCCGCCGCUUUCCUCCCCCGCACCAGAAUCACCGCCUCCGUUGACUACGCUGUCACCGCCGGAUCCGAUCUCUGCAUCGUCACCGCCGGCGCUAGGCAGAACCCGGGAGAGUCUAGGCUCAAUCUGCUCCAGAGGAACGUCGCUCUCUUCCGCCACAUCAUCCCUCCGCUCGCUAAGUCGUCUCCCGAUGCGAUCUUGCUCAUCGUCUCUAACCCUGUCGAUGUCUUGACCUACGUCGCUUGGAAGCUCUCUGGUUUUCCGGUGAAUCGGGUUCUUGGAUCGGGUACUAAUCUCGACUCGUCUCGGUUCCGGUUCUUGAUCGCAGAUCAUAUCGACGUCAAUGCUCAGGAUGUGCAGGCAUUCAUCGUGGGAGAGCAUGGAGACAGCUCGGUGGCGUUAUGGUCGAGCAUAAGCGUGGGAGGCAUCCCUGUCUUAAGCUUCCUGGAGAAGCAACAGAUCGCGUACGAGAAACAAACCCUUGAGGACAUUCACCAGACUGUCGUUGGAAGUGCCUAUGAAGUCAUUAGUCUCAAGGGUUAUACUUCUUGGGCCAUUGGCUACUCUGUUGCCAACCUGGCUUACACCAUCCUCCGUGACCAGCGUAAGAUCCACCCGGUCACGGUUCUUGCUCGUGGCUUCUAUGGUAUUGAAGGUGGUGAUGUGUUUCUCAGUCUACCGGCUCUGCUUGGACGUAACGGUGUGGUGGCUGUGACUAAUGUGCAUAUGACUGAUGAGGAGUCCGAGAAGCUGCAGAAAUCUGCCAAGACUAUAUUGGAGAUGCAGAGCCAGUUAGGACUUUGAAUUUAUCUCUCUUCUAUCUGCUUCAGUUUUUUUUUUUUUUAACUUUUUGUUUGGUUAUGAAUUAUCAUAAUCAAUCUUCCCAUGGAUGUUAGUGUCGAUCUUGAUAUCUAUCACUAUAUGUUAUACAAAUGCUUGUUCAUGAAGAAUCCAGUGUUGUGGUU